UCGCUCGGUCGCUCCCUCGGUCGCUCGCUCGUCCUUGGCUGCCGGCGGGCGAUGCGCUUCCUCCGCUGAAGGCUCCGGCGGGGCCGAACCGGCAGGAUGACGGUGGAGUUCGAGGAGUGCAUCAAAGACUCGCCCCGGUUCCGGGCAACCAUCGAUGAAGUGGAAACAGAUGUGGUGGAGAUAGAAGCCAAGCUUGACAAGCUGGUGAAGCUAUGCAGUGGGAUGAUUGAAGCGGGCAAAGCCUACAUCACCACCAACAAGCACUUUGUCAGCGGAGUCCGGGACCUGUCGCAACAGUGCAAGAAGGAUGAAAUGAUUUCGGAGUGCCUCGACAAAUUUGGAGACAGCCUGCAGGAAAUGAUUAACUACCACAUGAUCCUGUUUGACCAGGCUCAGAGGUCAGUCCGGCAGCAGCUGCACAAUUUUGUGAAAGAUGAUGUCCGGAAAUUCAAGGAAACCAAGAAGCAGUUUGACAAAGUGCGAGAGGACAUGGAGAUUUCACUGGUGAAGAAUGCCCAGGCACCUCGGCACAAGCCCCAUGAAGUGGAGGAGGCGACAGGCACCUUGACCAUAACUAGAAAGUGUUUCCGGCAUCUGGCUCUCGACUACGUGUUGCAGAUCAAUGUCCUGCAGGCCAAGAAGAAGUUUGAAAUACUGGAUGCGAUGCUGUCCUUCAUGCAUGCCCAGUACACCUUUUUCCAGCAGGGCUACAGCCUUCUCCACGAACUGGAUCCCUACAUGAAGAAACUAGCCACAGAGCUGGACCAGCUGGUGAUUGAUUCUGCGGUGGAGAAGAGGGAGAUGGAGCACAAACAUGCGCUGAUACAGCAGAGGACCCUCCUCCAGGACUUCUCCUACGAUGACUCGAAGGUGGAGUUUAAUGUUGAUGCCCCGAAUGGAGUGGUGAUGGAAGGCUACCUCUUCAAGAGAGCUAGCAAUGCUUUCAAAACAUGGAAUCGGAGGUGGUUCUCCAUACAGAACAGUCAGCUGGUGUACCAGAAAAAGCUAAAGGAUGUCCUCACGGUAGUGGUGGAAGACCUGAGGCUCUGUACCGUCAAGCCAUGUGAAGACAUAGAGAGGAGGUUUUGCUUUGAGGUCGUCUCACCUACCAAGAGCUGCAUGUUGCAGGCUGACUCGGAGAAGCUGCGGCAGGCCUGGAUUCAGGCUGUUCAAGCCAGCAUUGCCUCUGCAUACCGGGAGAGUCCUGACAGCUACUACAUUGAGAGGCUGGACCGAACUGCUUCCCCAUCAACCAGCAGCAUCGAUUCUGCUACCGACUCCCGGGAGCGCAGCGUGAAAGGGGAGAGCAUCCUGCAGAGAGUGCAGAGCAUCCCUGGGAAUGACCAGUGCUGUGACUGUGGUCAGCCAGACCCUCGCUGGGCCAGUAUCAAUCUGGGCAUCCUGCUGUGCAUCGAGUGCUCUGGUAUCCACAGGAGCCUGGGUGUUCACUGCUCCAAGGUCCGAUCUCUCACACUGGAUUCCUGGGAGCCAGAGUUACUGAAACUGAUGUGCGAGCUGGGGAACAGUACCAUGAAUCAGAUUUAUGAGGCGCAGUGUGAAGAGUUGGGACUUAAGAAACCAACAGCAGGGAGCUCCAGGCAGGACAAGGAAGCCUGGAUCAAGGUGAAGUACGUGGAGAAGAAAUUCCUGAAGAAGAUGCCGAAUGGGGAGGCCCUAACAGAGAACGAGCGAAAACCUCGACGCUGGUGUGUGAAGAAGUGCCAGAGAAACAACAGCACCACGAAAGCACCCACGGCGCGUAGGAAGUACCGCCACGAAGCUGGCAAUGCCUCACCAGCCAUGUUGUCCUCAGCAGCUACCCUGGAGAGGAAGUUCCGCCGAGAUUCCCUCUUCUGCCCCGAUGAGCUGGACUCUCUCUUCUCCUACUUUGACACUGGUGCUGGCUCCGGCCCACGCAGUCUGAGCAGUGACAGUGGACUCGGGGGAAGCACGGACGGCAGCACCGAUAUCCUGGUGUUCGGCUCCGUGGUGGACAGCGUGACAGAAGAAGAGUGCGAGGUGUCAGAGGAGUCAAGCGGCGAAGCAGAGAUUGAACAGGAGGCAUCAGACCUGGAGGAUCUGAGGGAGCUGCAUCCCGGGUUGUUGAUCUACAAGGCAGCGCAAGCCCGAAACCUGCCUCUUAUGGCAGAAGCACUGGCGCACGGCGCUGAGAUCAACUGGGUGAACGAUGAAGAUGAAAACAAGACGCCUCUGAUCCAGGCCGUGGCGGGGGGUUCCUUGAUAGCCUGUGAAUUCCUGCUGCAGAACGGGGCGGAUGUUAACCAAAGAGACAGCCGAGGCCGAGCUCCCUUGCACCACGCCACGUACCUGGGGCACACUGGUCAGGUCUGCUUGUUCCUCAAGCGAGGGGCGAAUCAACACGCGGUGGAUGGCGACGGGCAGGACCCGCUCAGUAUUGCUGUCCAGGCAGCCAACGCAGACAUUGUCACCUUGCUGCGUCUGGCUCGAAUGAACGAGGAAAUGCGAGAAGCAGAGGGGCCUUUUGGACAACCAGGAGAUGCCACCUACCUGGACAUCUUCCGGGAGUUCUCUCACAUGGCUUCCAAUGACCCUGAGAAACUCAAGAGGAGGAGCCUACACUUCAGCCAUUCCUGCAGAUAGUCCCAUCCAUCCCUCCUCCCUCAGCGGGGACCUCCUGCUGGAAGGGCCACGAUGGCGGAGACAUCUGAGAGGGAGCUCUGCUGCUGAAGGAGGAUGUUCUCUGUCCAGAUGUGGUUCUGCUCCAAGCCUGCGUGUCCCCCAGUGUCUGCUUUUGUGCCCUGGCCAGGGAGGUGACAGCCCUCCAGGGGUUGGGCUGUAGGCCCAUGUCCCACAACUUGCAGCACCUGAAGGCGGUUUCAAAUGAGUUAAGCUGAUCUUUUAGCUCCCGUUUCCCCUUCUAAGUUGCUAUUUCUGGGAAAAUCUCCCCUUUCUGACUGUGUGCAAACAUUGCUGAUACUGCAGCAGUGCCCACCCCUGAAAUGAAGUGCAGGUAAGUGGUCGUGACCACUGAGCAUUCCAGGAGGAGAACAAGCCUGAGGUGCUCUGAAAAAAAUGAGGAAAAGUGAAUGUUGUGGACUUUGAGCUAUGCCCCGUUGUGGCAGUGUCACUGGAGCCAGUUCAGCUCACGAAGAGAUGGCACCAGCCCUGGGGUCCCACCAGUGUCCCACCACGGGGAUGGUUCAUAACUCCAGUGGCACAAGACCCUCCACGCACAGCUCUUGAAGGAGAAAAGCCACCCCAGGACACAGCACUGCAACACCACCACGCCGUGGGGCUCCCAGUCCCAACCAGUCCCCUCCAAAACCUUUGGCAAAGCAUCUCACCGUGAGGAGAGUUGAACUCUUCCCCAAGGCACACCUCCCAGUAUUAUUAUUUUUCGUUCAUUUUUAUUAUCAUUAUGUCACAACACAAAUAAUAAAGGGUUAUGUGUGGCCUAUACAGGUAUAGGCACCAUGACAUAACAAGGUGUAUUGUCAGAAUGAUAUAUAUGAACUACGACAUGCUGAAAUGUAAUAUAUCUUAUGGGAAAAGAAAUGUAUUUUUUUGAAAAGGUGGGAGUGAAAAAAAAAAUCUCACACGCAAACGGUGUCUAUGAAGGGAGAAUAAAGACAGGAAAUGUUUUUUAAAUUCA